AUGGCAGCAACGCAAAGUCAGAUACCUUCUCAGUUACCCUCUUUAAAAAAGCCAUCGAGCAUACAACUGAAGUCAACAACAAAUAAUUCAACAAAUUUUAAUAAUAGUAAUGGUAAACAAUUAUUAACCGAUAACGAUGAUAAAAAAUUAAGUUCUCAAAAUAGCGAUACAUUAUCACAAACGAGCAGUAAUAGCAGCGGUGGAAGAAAAAAGUCAAGAGUUUCACCACACAUAAUUCCUACACAAAAGCAAGAUUUUACUCAUGUUAGAUCACGUGUAGGGUCUUUGGAUAACAUAAGUCAUAUACCAAAAGGAAGUGAGAUAAAAAUUUUUUCUGACAAGCCAGAUUUUUCUACUGUCGGUUCACGAAUUGGCUCUUUAGAUAAUAUUGACCAUGUUCCAAAAGGAGGUGAUAAGAAAAUCUUGUCAGUUAAAAUUGAUUAUUCUAAUGUGAGUUCAAAAAUUGCCUCACUGGAAAAUAUUAAUCAUGUACCAAAAGGAGGUGAUAAAAAAAUUGAAUCAAUUAAAACCGACUUUUCUAACGUUACUUCCCGAAUUGGUUCGUUGGAUAACAUUAAUCAUGUACCAAAAGGAGGUGAUAAAAAAAUCACAUUGGUUAAAACUGAUUAUUCUAAAGUUCAUUCACGAGUUGGUUCUUUAGAUAAUAUUAGUCAUAUUCCACAAGGUGGUAACGUUAAAAUCUUUUCCAGAAAACCAAGUUUUGAUCAUGUGCAACCACGUGUAGGAUCCCUGGACAACAUUGACCAUGUUCCCGGUGGAGGUGAAAAAUAUAUCCCCAUAAAAAUACCACCAAAAAUACCGUUGUCUACUGUGAAAUCCAAAAUUG